GAAUGGCUGACCGGGACAUAUUUCCGGUUGUUAGAGAUAGUCGAAGAACAUUUCGUUUGCGGCCAAACAGAAACGUGGAAUUAACUAUUCAAAAUGAGCUGGAAGAGAUUGAGAAGAAGUCUUUGCGUGGUAUACUGUCCAACAGAGAGCAAAAGAAGAAAGAGUUGAUGUCUGAAGAAUACAAAAUUACCAGGACAUUAGUCCCACAUUUCAAACAGGAACGAGUGAAAAUGAAGAGAAAAACAGAGCCAAUGUUUCCGGGUGAUGUGCAGAAUGUGAAGUCUGAGGUUAAAAAAAUCGAAUUAAUCGACUCAUGUGAUCUUCUUGCUCCAUGUCCUACCCCAAGCCCUCAUGGAGUCAAUGUGCUCUCCGUGGCCCCUCCUGUUGGCCCCAAUCUGAAGAGUACAAAGACCACCCAACCCCCUGAUAUACCUUACACCAGGAAAUAUCCCUUCUGUAAACCGGAAACUAUUAAAACAACAGAUAUGAACAAACCCCACAGGACCUCAAUGGGUGUACUGCCUCUUAAUAGAGAUGGCGGCGAGAUUCCUGAGCUCAAAGUGGUUAUGGAAGGUAAACCAGUUUGUGCAACAACAGAUGCUCUGGAUGAUAUUUCUAUGGCUAACCGCUGUGACUCCCAGACUCUGUCCUCAUACACCCCUGAACCUACCCCAACCCCCAUGGUACAAGUCCCACCACUCCAGCUGAAUCAGGUUGUAGUGCCCGAUGAUCCUAUCCAAUCAAAACCAGCAAUCCUGGGUCAAACGGGUACAACCCUUCCCAUCACCUUUAGUCAGAGACAGAAACCUCAAGCCAAGCCCAUGACCAGGCUUAAGGCUAACAAGAAGCUGCUAGAAAGUAUUGGCGAGAGGACACGAAGUGCUAAAAGCCUGCAGUCCUCACUGAUGAGUGGUGACAUCACACUGCCAGAUCAGACCAGUUUCAGCCAGUAUGACCAAGCCAUUGAGGAAAUGGAUGAUGACUUGGAGAACGUGACGACAGCUGUCAGUGAAGAGUUUAUCCAAUCACGACCAGUCUCAGGAGGUCCAGCCAGACCAUCCACUGAGACAUCCAGACCAAACACCUCAGGAUCGUUUAUGUCAGCCAAAGCUUUACUAGAGGAAGCAAAGCGCUUGACAUCUCCUAAAACCCAGAAAACAGAAGACAACCAGAAAAUAGCUGAUAGUGACAAAACAGCACUUCCUGGUAGAAGUCUUAAAAAGGGAACCAGAUCUGAGAGGUUUCACCGUAGUAAAGAGGCCAUCAAGGGCGACAAGAGUAAGACAAAGUCUCUAACAUCAUACAAUGAUGAUGAAACGGAAACUCUAUCAUCUCGUCCCAGGUCUGAAUGGACUGUUGAUGAAAUUAUCACUUCUCUGAGGAUUCAGUCUCGCACUGGCGAGAUGACUGAUGCUGACCGCAGAAUACAGGAAAUUAUGGACCAGGUUUUGUCAAGGACUAGUACCUAUCUGGAUGCAAGUGAUUCAAGGUCUAUAUCAGAUGUUCAAGAUGGACCAGUAGCCAUAGAAACAGAAGGCGACAAAGAUGAAGAGGAAGAUAGGGACACUGUUGAUGUUGAGACAGCUGACACUGAUGAAUCAACCACAGUGCUAUGCACAGAAAUAGACUUAGACCCAGCAGCUCUGCCAGAAGUGCCCCCACCAGUUGUGGACAAUGCGACGGAGAACGGCUCUGCAAGAGAACCUCUGCCUAGAGACCUUAGUGACAUUCAACAGGCGUGGGCAGAUCUGUUAGCCCCACCCAAUGCUACCUAUGAAGAUAUUGUGAAAUUGUCAGGUACAGCAGCUGAGAUAGCCCCGCGGCAGGCACCUCAUCCUGAUACAGGGGAGAGAAUUCCUGUCUAUUCGGCUGCCGUGUCAUUCCUAUCCAGCUGGGCACCAACUGAGAAGAAAUUUUCUAAAUUAGACCCACCAGAGAAGGUCUUCCCUGAGAAGACUAUCCACCAUUUCUGUACAGCGACCACAGAGUACCAGCUACCCAAAGAGCUUCAGGGAAUAGGGCGAAAGUAUCACACGCCUGGCAAAUAUGAGAAAUUCCCCUCACAACCCUACAGGUUCAGUGAGCAGCCCUUGAGCUCAGUGCUGUCCGGUGUUAAGUCCAGUGAUGAGAUCCCCAGCACCACUGGCAUCAUCCUUACGGAGGAUGAGGAGGAGAGGAGACAGGAGGCUGCUGCUGAGAGGAUACUGGCAGAGGCAUACACCCUCAUGGAGGAUGGAGAGGAGAGUCUUGAGGCCUGGCAGCAACGCGCAGACCAGAUGUUUACGCCUUGUGACAUCAGCGUGGAGGGGAGAAAGAUGGCCAUAAAGACAGAUGAUUCACGGCUUUUCUGGACUCCAGCCCCACCCCGCUUGGAUGUGCCACCAGCCAAGGUGAGACAGAAGUUGUUCCCCCUGUAUGAGGGACAUCCCAUUGACGAGGAGUCAGAAGUGAGUCAGGAGGAAGUGGAGUCAUCUGAUGACAGCGAAGAUGAGGAGCUAGAGAAUGUGUACUAUGUCAACCCUGAGGACAUGGCUAACAGGGACAGGUGCAGGACACUAGCCCGUCAGUACACCUCACAUGAAGACUUGACAGAGUAUGUGAGGGCGGUCAGAGCCAGAGAUCAGGGUGGGGAGGAUAAGCCAGUGGAUCAACAGGAAGGGGCAACAGAGACUGAGGAGGAGCCCAGGCAGACGCCAUUAUCUGAGGAUGCUAGGAGCACAUCCACAGAUGAGAGAGCCCGCACAGUGACUGAUAUGAACAGGUUUUAUGCUGAAACAGCCCCCUCAAGUCUAACUGACAGACCCGUCCAGCCAGGUGCUGAUGGCAUAUUACCUGUGUUCCCACCCAUCAGGAGAAGCAAAUCUGUGACAAGACUGUUUGAUCCAUCAGAAGAUGCCCUAAUUAUACCUAAUGACUUUACUGAAGCCCUGGAAGAGAUGAAGAAAAUGAAGGAGAAGAUACAGGACCUAAAGACAAAAAAGAAGCCAAAGACAACAUUUGCGGAGGAGCCAGAAACAUUUGAAGGUGGUUAUGGGGAAAGCUAUUCUACAGAGGUGAUGGAUGAAGAAGACCAAACUCAAUUACCACGGGUAGAUAUUCUGUCCCUGGAGAAAAGGUAUCAAAAAGAGGCCAAACUCACCCCGGCAGAGUUAGCCCUGCAGGCUGGCAGAGCUUAUGUGGUGCUCCCCAAAAAGAAAAAGAAGAAGGUGGAGCCAGUGGAUAUGAACAGGGUGGAGGCUGUCCAGAACUUUCUGUCCCAACCUCCUAACAGACUGAAACGCUCAAUCUCACGGCCUAAGCUGACCAGAAUAAUAGAGCGGGAACUCAGAGUACCUUACCACGUUCGAAGUGAAAGAAGAGCUAGCUUACCUACAGCAUUAGAUUUUGAACGUUUUGCCUUUCAGAAGGGAAAAGGGCCGGAUGCAGACACCCGUGAGUGGGUGAGGGAUGUGUGGAACAUGUGGUUUGACCAGGUCUUCCCGCCCUCCCCUGACCACUCAGACGAGGAGGACGAGGAGGGGUCACAGAACAUUGAUGUACUGGCCAAUAGCACAUCUCAACCCCCAGCAGAGGAUAAAGCUAAGAACAAGGAAACGGCUCCAAGCAUCUCAUUGGAAGAGCUGGAAUCUGUGGACUGUUUGGAUGACUCAGAGGAAAACCAAGAAGUCAGAGAGAUAUUACUGGAAGAGGUGGCGAGACUGACAGAGGUGAUUGAGUCCAUGGAUAAACCCAGAGCCUUUGAUAUAGGGCGUCGAGGAGCUAUUUACAGGAAACUUGGCAAGCUUAAGAAAGCCAGUGAUGAUAUUAACAGGGCAAUCCAAAUGGAGCCAUUGUUACUGGAUGCUUACUGGCACCGUCAUCUUGUGUCUCUGGUGCUGGGGAAAAAGCAGGCUGCACUUGAUGACCUUACUUUCAUAUUGAAACACAACAAGAAUCAUGCAGGGGCAUACAGAUCCAUGGCUGAAGUGUUCCGAGAUCAGGGGGAGAUAACUAUGUCCAUUGUGAACUAUACCCAGGCUAUAAAACUGAACCCAGAGGACCAUGAGGCCUACAUCAGGCGUGCUGAGAUGUAUGAAAAGAGAGGAGAGAUGAGACUGGCACUAGAGGAUUAUGCUAAAGCCACAAAGUUGCAGCCCACUAAGACAGAUGCUAUCUUCAAACAUGGGAUGUACCAUUUCAACAAUGAGAACUGGAACAGUGCCAUCAAUGAUUUCACGGAUAUGCUGAAGGUUGAACCCACAAACUCUCAAGCCCGUAUGCUGCGGGGGCAGGCGUUUGCUAAGCAGGGUCAGUGGAACUCUGCCGUGGCCGAUCUGUCAGGGGCUAUUCACAUGGAUCCCAAUAACUGGCAGGCUUACUAUCACAGAGGCUGUAUACUGAGGAGAGCUCAUCCUCAGAGAGCUCUCCAGGACUUCAGCAUGUCUCUGUUGAUCGAGGACUCUGUGGAGAAUAUCAUGACAUAUUUACACCGUGGGAUUCUUUAUAACGCCAUGGACAAACCGGAAGAUGCCAUUCCUGACUUUGAGGCUUUACUGAAGCUGGAUAAUGACAUCUCUGUUGCUCACAUCAACCUUGGGCUGAUUUACAUGAAGAAAUUUGAGGAUUACUCCAGAGCAAUAAAGAAGUUCACAGCUGCCAUUAAGGUUGACCCCACAUGUGUGAGAGCCAUUGUCUGCAGAGCUGAAUGUUACCAUAAAAUACGGGAUCUGAAGAAUGCCCUGAAGGACUUCACCAGAGCCAUUCAUCUUCAUCCUGAUGUUCACCACUAUUAUAUGCACAGGGGACAGAUUGUUCUUCAGCAAGGUAACCUAGAGCUGGCUGCCUUCUGUGUAAGGCAUGCAUCUGAGCUGAGUGGAGAUGAGAGAAUGGUGGAAAAUGCCACACAACAGGCUGUUGUUCAAAGCUUCCUGAGAAACUAUGACAAAGCCGUGGAUGUUCUUAUGGCAGAGACUCGUAUUAGACCAGUAGCUCCAGUCUUCAUGCUGCUGGGAAAAACACAGAUGAAGGCAAAAACCUUUAAAGAUGCCACUGAGAGCUUUGAAAGAGCUUUGGCUUUGUAUAAGCCUUGGUCCAAGUAUGACUCGUGGCCAAUAGCGGCAGCUGAAACUUAUUACCUGAUUGGCAUGUGUCACACAGAACUGAGGAUGUACAACUCAGCCCUGGAGGCCUUUAAUAAUGCCAUCAGGAUUGACAAUCAUUAUGCAGAGGCAUUCUAUCGAAGAGGGUUGACUCGCAUCCGACUGAAACAAGCUAAAGGAAUACAGGACUUCAACAGAGCUUUGGCCCUGAAUCCCAAACUAUUCCAGGUGUUUUUAAGCAGAGCAUGCUAUUAUGGAAUGAAGGGUAAACAUGCAAAAGCCAUUUUGAAUUGCAACGAAGCUCUGAAGUUACAGCCACGAAGUGUGAGGGCUUACCUGUACAGGGGCGCUCUUAAGUACCACAUCAAAGCCUACGAACUGGCCAUAAGAGACUUGACGUUCGCAUUGGCAAUAGACAGUACAUGUUCCCUGGCCUAUUUCAACAGAGCUGUGUGUUACCAGGAAAACAAGCAGUAUGAAAAGGCUUUGACAGACUAUGGUAUAGUCUUGCUCUUAGGCGAUGAUUUGUCAAUCAAGGUACUGAUAAACAGAGGCCUGCUGUACUUUGAAAGAGGGGACUACACCAAUGCUCUGUAUGACUUCAAGACGGCAGGCAAACUUCACCCAUGGAACUGCAACAUCCAUCACUCACUGGGCUUGUGCUAUCAUAAGUUGAAUCAGCUGCAGCUGUCAGUCGUGGCUUUCACUAAGAGUCUGACAGAGAACCCAUUCUUCCUGAAUGCCCUGGUUGCCCGUGGCAAUGUAUACAUGGACUAUGGUCACAAGGCAGGAUUGAAUCAAGCCAGAUCAGACUACCAGAGAGCCUUGGUGUUGAACCCAAACUUCUUACCUGCCCGAGUUAACCUGGCCUACUCACUACAGGUGCAUGGCUCCUUCAUGCAGGCCUGGAGGCAGUUUACUGCUGCCAUUGCCAUCAAUCCAAAGUACCAACCUGCGCUUGAAGGGAGAGCCAUAGUCAAUCUACAGAUGAGUGACAAGUUUGCAGCAUUCCAGGAUAUCAGCGCUGCCAUCAACGUCUCCCCGUCAGCAGAACUGUACACCAACAGGGGAGUUAUAAACCAGUUCAUGAAGGAUGGAGUCAAUGCUAUGAAGGACUAUCACCUGGCUCUGAAGAAAGACCCAACCUAUGCUCUGGCUUACUUCAAUGCUGCCAAUAUCUACUUCCAUACCCGUCAUUUCAAGCAGGCUUUGGACUAUUACUCUAAGGCUGUUCAGUACAAUCCCAGGGAUGAAUCAGCCUAUCUGAACAGAGCGAUUACCAGGGUGAUGCAGAGAGAUGCCACAGGGGCUUUGGAAGACUUCAAGGUGGCCAUCAGGCUGAGCCCGUACUCAGCUCACAUCUACUUCAACAGGGGAAACCUGUACGCUUCCACGCAGAAGUACGACAAAGCAGAGGCAGACUACAACAAAGCUUUGUCUCUGAAGCCGGAUGACCCACUAGUUCUCAAACGCAGAGCUGAUGUCAGAGGGAAACUGGGAAAGAAGAAAGAGGCAUUUGCGGAUUAUAGAUGGGCAGUAGCCAUACAAAGUCAGCUUUCUGGGGAUUGAGGACACUGUUGAGAUUUUUAAUAGCCAUGCUGAGUGGAUUGACAGCAUUGUACAUGUACCCGAGCUGGCGCCAUUCUUGAUUUAGACAGGGCAAAUCACGUUCCAUAUUAAAAAUCAACCACCACUUGAAACAUUGGUUUCAGUGAUUUACACUUCAGAUGUACCUAACAACCUCUUCAGAAUCAGUUGAGAGACCAUCAGAUGUACACUUUGGCAUCAGUGAUUUGGCCAGUACAUGUACACAGCUAAUUCAGAAUCAGUGAUGUGCCCAGUACAUGUACACGACCUCUUCAGAGUCAGUGAAGUGGCCAUUACAUGUACACAACCACUUUGGCAUCAGUGAUUUGGCCAGUACAUGUACACAAUUAAUUCAGAAUCAGUGAUGUGCCCAGUACAUGUACACGACCUCUUUAGAGUCAGUGAAGUGGCCAGUACAUGUACACAACCACUUUGGCAUCAGUGAUUUGGCCAGUACAUGUACACAGCUAAUUCAGAAUCAGUGAUGUGGCCAUUACAUGUACACGGCCUAUUCAGAAUCAGUGAUGUGGCCAUUACAUGUACACGACCGCUUCAGAAUAAGUGAUGUGCAUAGUAUAUGUACAUUUAUUUUCAGGAAAUACACAUUACCUGUAUUUCUUGUUUAGUAUUUAGUUAAGCAUUGCUGUGAUAGAUAAUUUUAUUUAUUUUCAAGUAUUCAGUAUUCACCUAUACAAUACAUAUUGCUUCUUAAUAUUCAUUGAAUAACAUGUGGAAAUAAUUUUUUUCACAUGUAUUUUUCAAGUACCCAUAUAUAUCAGUAUGGAAAAACAUUGUGAUGCCGUUGAACAUCCGUCCAUAUGGCUGUGAAAUAAAUGAUAUGAAGCAACUGUUCUGCCAAAAUGUCACAGCAGUAUUUUUUUUUUUUAAAUUUUGUUGAAAUAAUGAUGGUGAAUUGCAGUACUUUACAUGUGUAAUUG